AUGCAACAAAACCUCCACAGAACCCUCACAUAUACAGCAGUCACACAGUCCACACCCAACAGCCACAGAAACAUCAUAGCACAGAACUUCAUAGAACCCCCACACAUAGACAGAACCUUCCACAAGCAUAUCCACAUCAUAGCACAGAACUCCAUACCCCCACAGCAUAGACAGAGCAUAGCACAGAACCUCCACAGCAUAGCACUCCAUAGAACCCCCACACAUAGCACAGAACCUCCACAGCACAGCACAGAACCUCCACAGCACAGCACAGAACCCACACAGCAUAACACAGAACCCCCACAGCAUAGCACAGAAUCCCCACAGCAAACCACAGAACCCCCACAGCAUAGCACAGAACACAGCAUAGCACAGAACCUCCACAGCAUAGCACAGAACCUCCAUAGAACCCCCACACCAUACAUAGCACAGAACCUCCACAGAACCUCCAUAGAACAGCAUAGCACAGAACCCCACAGCAUAGCACAGAACCUCCAUAGAACCCCCACACAUAGCACAGAAACCCAUAGAACCCCACAGCAUCCAGUACAGAACCUCCACAGCAUAGCAGAACCUCCACAGCAUAGCACAGAACAUAGAACCCCCACAAGCAUAGCACAGAACCCCAGAAAACCCCACAGCAUAGCACAAACCUCCAUAGAACCCCACAGCAUAGCACAGAACCUCCACAGCAUAGCAUACACAGAACCUCCACAGCAUAGCACAGAACCCCCACAGCAUAGCACAGAACCCCACAGCAGAAACCUCCAGCAUAGCACAGAACCCCCACAGCAUAACACAGAACCUCCACAGCAUAGCACAGAACCCCCACAGCAUAACACAGAACCUCCACAGCAUAGCACAGAACCUCCACAGCAUAACCCCCCACAGCCAUCCACACAUAUCACAGAACCCCCACAGCAUAGCACAAAACCUCCACAGCAUAGCACAGAACCCCACACAGCAACCCCCACACAUAGCACAGAACCCCACAGCAUAACACAGAACCUCCACAGCAUAGCACAGAACCCCCACAGCAUAGCCACAGCAUAG